AGGUAGAAGUGGACCCUACUGAAAAUCACCAAUCAACAUUCUGCGUGGAAGUAAAACUGUUGCAGGAAGUCGAUACAUUCUGCGGCAGAAUUGGACGCUACUAAAAAACAACAAUCAACAUUCACAUAAAGUUUUGGAACAUUCCUGCUAUCAACAACAAUUAAAAAGAUUAAUGCGGAAGAUCCGUUUCAAACGGGAGCUAUCGGGAAAUGUUUCAGUCAAGACCAAUUAUCAUAUAGGAUUGCCACAUACCUAAGAAAAUAAAAUCGGAUAAUAUUUAAAAAAAAUAACAAAGAUAUAUAGUGCGAUAAACUUCAAAGUCUGGCAAACCGAAAGCUUACCAGAAUGAAAAUGCCGAUUCCAAAUUUUUAAAUCUAUAUGUGUGCAUAUGUAUGCACGUUAAUGCCAGAGUUGUAAAAAAUUUCACCAGGUUGCAAUUUAAAAACCGAAUUCGUUUAAUAUUUAAAAACUAAAAAAGUGCUCAAUAUUAAUGCAUAAUUUAAUAAGGCUUAAAAAAUAUAAUAAAAUUUUUAAUAACGAUUUGUGCAAACGCAAAAAGAGUUUUUAGUUGCUGAUCAGAAAAAGCUUAUAACAAAAUCAUGCAACGUGUAAUCAAAGGAGAUGGCGGAAUUAUCUUCCUAGAUGAUCCAGGAGGUGCGGGGAAAACUUUUCUCAUCAAUUUAAUAUCGGCGUCAGUUCGAAUGCGAAAUGGGAUUGCAGUAGCAGUAGCAUUACCUGGGAUUGCAUCAACACUACUUGAUGGCGGAUGUACAGCGAAUUCAGCACUUAAGCUUCCAUUGAAUUUGAAGCAGAACGAAACACCUACAUGCAACAUCAGCAAAAACUCUGGUAUGACCAUAGUCCUUAAAACGUACAAAAUUAUAAUUUGGGACGAAUGCACCAUGACACAUAAGAAAUCGCUCGAAGCAGUUGAGCGAGCUAUGCAAGAUUUUCGUGGAAAAGAUCAACCGAUGGGAGGCGCUGGUAUACUUCUUGCAGGUGACUUUCCUCAAACAUUACCCGUUAUACCUCGAACAACGGCUACAGAGGUAUUGAACGCGUGCUCAAAAGUAUAGCAUCUGUAGAACUAUGUUGAAAAAAUUACGCUCCCAACAAAUGUGCGUGCAUUUGCUGCAAGAUGCGUCUGCCCAAAUAUUUUCAAAGCAACUUUUGGAUAUCGGAAACGGUGAAGUUUUAUUGAUCGCACAACAAAUGAGAUAUCAUUUCCGUCCCAGAGCAUUCAAGACACCAUCGACAGAGUAUUUCCGAACUUAGCGAUCAACUACCGAUAUCCGGAAUGGCUCCGCACACGUGCAAUUUUAGCUCCGAAGAACGAUGAUGUUAGUAAAUUAAACGGUCAAAUUCAAUUGAAAAUUCUAGGAGAAGCAGUCGAAUAUAAAUCGAUUGAUGCAGUAAUGGAUAAAGAUCAAGCUGUUAAUUAUCCAACUGAAUUUCUUAAUUCUGUGGAGCCACCUGGAAUGCCUCCUCAUUCGUUGGCGUUAAAGGUUGGAUCACCAGUGAUGCUUAUUCGGAACUUGAAUGCGCCAAAACUGUGCAACGGAACCAGUGAUAAAAAAAAACUAACACCGAAUUGCUGAUUCCACGUAUACCGAUGAUUUCAAACGAUUUACCGCUCGAAUUCAAGCGGCUUCAAUUCCCAUUGCGUCUUAUUUUUGCAAUAACUAUAAAUAAAGCACAAGGGCAAUCAUUAACUAUAGCGGGUUUGGAUUUGAAUGUGCUUUUCACAUGGCCAAUUAUACGUCGCCUGUUCACGAGUUGGGUCACCACAAAAUUUAUAUAUUUACACACCAAAUGGAAAAACUUAAAAUAUUGUUUAUCUGUUAGCAUUAAGGUAAAUAAAAAGGUCUUCAGUUUCAAAACUUUCUUUGGCGUAGCAACGCGCCCCGGGUAUUGCUAGUAACAAAUGAAGUACAUUUUUUAAUAAAAUCUAUCCUAUGGAAAAAUGUUUGUGAAUAAUUUUUUAAAUUGCAGACGUUUGAAAUUA